AUGGAGAUCGCGCUGGUGACUCUGGAGAACGGCGGCACCACGGCCAUCGCGGGCGCCGACGAUGCCGCGGCCGCCGGCGGCCGGGCGCGCUGGCGGGGCAACUUGCUGCACCUCGCCGGCUCGCCGCAGCUGAGCGACGGCAAGGAGAGCUCCCCGCCGGCCCCGCCGCCCGCGGGGGACGAGCAGCGGGAGCGGCCCCCGCCGGGUCCCCGCGCGGCAGGAGCAGCAGGAGCAGCGGGAGCAGCAGCAGCAGCGGGCGGCCCCGAGGAGCGGCCGGCGCAGCCCCGCGCAGCCCCCGCGCCGCCGCCGCGGCCGCCGCCCCGCGCCCCGCGGCCCGCGGCAGAGAUGGGCCCGCCCGAGGAGGGGGGACACCGCCGGGGCAUGGCCAUGGCGGCCGCGGGCGACGACGAGGAGGAGGCGGCGGCGGCCAACCCGGGCGCCAUGCACCACCAGCGGGUGCUGAUCAACAUCUCGGGGCUGCGCUUCGAGACGCAGCUGGGCACCCUCAACCAGUUCCCCGACACGCUGCUGGGGGACCCCGACAAGCGCAUCCGCUACUUCGACCCGCUCCGCAACGAGUACUUCUUCGACCGCAACCGGCCCAGCUUCGACGGCAUCCUCUACUUCUACCAGUCCGGGGGCAAACUCCGCCGGCCCGUCAAUGUCUCCAUCGACGUGUUCGCCGACGAGAUCCGCUUCUACCAGCUGGGUGAGGAGGCCAUGGAGCGCUUUCGGGAGGACGAGGGCUUCAUCAAAGAGGAGGAGAAGCCCCUGCCCCGCAAUGAGUUCCAGCGGCAGGUCUGGCUCAUCUUUGAGUACCCCGAGAGCUCCAGCUCAGCCCGGGCCAUCGCCAUCGUCUCCGUGCUGGUCAUCCUCAUCUCCAUCAUCACCUUCUGCCUGGAGACCCUCCCCGAGUUCAGGGACGAGAGGGAGAUGCCCGUACCCCUGCCCCCACAAGGCGGAGGUUUGAAUGGCACGCCCGGGGACUCCCCACCCAUGCAGCCUCCGAGCAGCCUGGCUGACCCCUUCUUCAUCAUCGAGACCACCUGUGUGAUCUGGUUCACCUUCGAGCUCCUUGUGCGCUUCUUCGCCUGCCCCAGCAAGCCCGAGUUCUCCCGCAACAUCAUGAACAUCAUCGACAUCGUGGCCAUCAUCCCCUACUUCAUCACCCUGGGCACCGAGCUGGCCCAUGAGCAGCAGCAGCCCGGGGCUGGCAGUAGCAAUGGGGGUGGGGGCCAGCAGCAAGCCAUGUCCCUGGCCAUCCUCAGAGUCAUCCGCCUGGUCAGAGUCUUCAGGAUCUUCAAGCUCUCCAGGCACUCCAAGGGGCUGCAGAUCUUGGGACAGACUUUGAAAGCCAGCAUGAGGGAGCUGGGCCUCCUCAUCUUCUUCCUCUUCAUCGGGGUGAUCCUCUUCUCCAGUGCUGUCUACUUUGCUGAGGCCGAUGACCCCGAGUCUCAUUUCUCCAGCAUCCCUGAUGCUUUCUGGUGGGCAGUGGUAACCAUGACUACUGUGGGCUAUGGGGACAUGAGACCUGUCACUGUGGGGGGCAAAAUCGUAGGCUCCUUGUGUGCCAUCGCUGGUGUGCUCACCAUUGCCCUACCUGUCCCUGUCAUCGUGUCCAACUUCAACUACUUCUACCACCGAGAGACUGACCACGAAGAGCAGGGUAUCCUCAAAGAUGAACACAGUAGUGCUCAGGGCAGCACUGCGGGGGGAGAAGUGAAGAGAAGACCCAGUAAAAACUCUCUGGACAAAUCUGUUGUGCACUUGGAAAACAGUGAGGAGUUCAACAGUGGCACCAGCUCCUUAGAGAAAGCCACUAUCAAAGCGAAAAGUAACGUAGAUCUCAGAAAAUCCCUCUAUGCUCUCUGUCUGGACACCAAUAGGGAAACAGACCUGUGAGGAGAGGAGACAGUUAGAGUUCAGAAGGAUUUUCUGGUGUCAGAAACUUGCUACUAUAAUUAUUCUUUUAGUACCAAUUAGUUUUUUAAGUCAGGCUGUAUUUUAUAAAUUGAUCACUGUCCUGAGCAGUCCUCCAGGAAUACAUGUUUUUAUGUUCUUUUUCCAUGGCACA